AUGCCUCCGCCGUCCUCGUUGGAAGCCUACCGAGUAGGUUGGAUAUGUGCAUUGCACACCGACUUGCUCGCCGCCCGAGCGAUGCUAGACGAAGACCACGGCAUGAUCCGCGGCCACGGCCAGGACGCAAACACAUACGCUGUCGGCCGGAUCCACGACCACAACGUGGUGAUAGCCGGGCUUCCAGCGGGCAUUGAUGGUCCGGUGUCCGCGGCCAGCGUGGUCAAAGACAUGAUCCGGGCAUUCCACGACCUCCGUUUCAUGUUGCUGGUGGGCAUUGGCGGCGGCAUCCCCAACCUUCCGGCCUUAGAUAUCCGGCUCGGAGACGUCGUCGUUAGCCAGCCGAACGGCACCAAUGGCGGAGUCAUCCAAUACAACCGCGGCAAGAAUUACCACGGCGGGGCAUUCGAGAGAAAGGGAUCCGUCAAUGCGCCGUCGAACGUGCUGUUGACGGCCCUGACGGCCCAGAGAGCCGAACAUCAACUCCACGGCAGUCAGCAGAUGUCUGCCUUUCUCACCGACAUGAUCAACCGCCAUCCCAACCUCAAGAACGACUUCGCCUACCCCGGCGCCAUGUGCGAUCGCUUCUUCAGGCCGGACUACGUCCAUCCCAAAAACCAGCCCACCUGCCAAUCCUGCGUCCCCGGUGCGGAGGUACCUCGUGCCCAGCGAGGCACUAGCACUCCGGAAGUCCACUACGGACUCAUCGCCUCGGGCGACCAGGUCGUUAAGGAUCCCGGAGUCAGGGAGUUCCUGCGGACCAAAUACGGUGCUUUGUGCGUCGACAUGGAAUCCGCCGGCCUCAUGCACAACUUUCCCGGUCUGGUCAUCAAGGGCAUCUGCGACUAUGCCGACUCGCACCGGAGUGAUCUCUGGCAUAAGUACGCUGCUGCCUCGGCCGCGGCUUGUACCAAGGAGUUGCUGCAUUACGUCUCUUCCGCCAAGAUCGACCACGAAAGUCCAAUCCACGAAAUCGUUGGCGAAGGUGGUCGCUUUCUCGAGAAUUACUAG